AUUGGAUGAAACUACUGACAGUAUAAAACAUAAAAGUUAUAACUUUUACACAUUUCGGAGACCGAUAAACCAUUUCAUCCAAGACAAAAGGUUUUUAUCUCAGACGUCCUGCAUCGAUUUUCUGAUUCAACAAUCAUUUGAUUUUAACAAACUAUUUAGAGAGGGAAUUUCUUAUUUAAAUAACGUAGAAGAAGAUGAAUGGCGCAAUACUAUCAAAGAACAACAGAGAUUAAAAACCGAGUCUUAUAAUUCCAACUACAAUAGAAACCAUGAUAUUGUUCUUAUUCCUGAAGCAAAUCAGGAGUUUAUCGAUGAUGUUGUAAAACAACUCGAAGCUUUUCUCGCUUCAAAUGAAUCUGAGUUGCAACUUCCAAAAUGUAACUCAUUCUUGAGACGACUUCUGUAUCAGACAAAUAGCGAAAAGUUUCAUGACAAAAUUCAUCUUCGCGCUCAUUCUGUGAAUUCCGAGAGAAUUCUGUUUGCCACUAAAUUAAAGUGUAAAGAGGAAAGUGAAGAAAUUGAUCGUAUUUUUUUUGAAAAAUUAAAAUCCGAACUAGAUGAUUAUAUUGGAUUCAGUCAAGUCAUUAGGAUGAUUGUAAAAUCGGAAAAAAUUAUAGUAGGGCAUAAUUUCUUAUUGGACUUUCUUCACACAAUUGACAAGUUUUUGACUCCACUACCACACGAUUAUUUGGAUUUUAAGGAUGUGGUUAAGUCGUUAUUCCCAGCAGUAUAUGACACAAAGUUUAUUGGGAGUUCACAACACUUUAAAUCUAUAAUACCAUCCACAGUAUUAGGGCAAUUAGUUCACACUGUAACAACACAUCCCUUUAAUCUUCCUCCGUGCGAAAUCGAGCAAGGUGGCCAAGGAUAUGAUAUAAAUGAUAGCAAAGAACAUGAGGCGGGCUAUGACUCAUUUAUAACUGGCCUUAGCUUUUUGGCGAUGUGGAAACAUUUAGGCGAUCAACAUAAUUUGAUUCUUAGUGAUCUGAUUGGACGAAGGGGCGAAGGUUUACUGAAGCCUUAUAAAAAUAAGAUAUUUUUGAUGAUAUUGGCAGAUAAUCAGUUCUUGGACCUAGAGGCCCCAGAUCAAAUUGUAUCCAGGGAUCACGUGUUUUAUUUGACGUUUCCCAAAGAGUGGACUACUAAUAAUAUUGUGCAAUUAUUUAGCCCAUUCGGAAAUGUUUAUGUAUCCUGGAUCUCGAAAACUUCAGCUUAUGUGGCCCUUUACAAACGUGAUCAAGCCGCCCUUGCCCUGAAAACUUUAUGCCAAAGCGAUACUUACAGCAUUAUUACUUUUGCAAGGCGACAGCGACAAUUAGCAGGAGCUGAUCUUUCAGGAACCGUUCAGCCAAGUCCAAUAAAGCGGCGAAUAAUCACUAAUGAGACUACUCAAUCCAAGCGGAACAAAACCGGCAAGUUUGAAGGAAGUAGCAUCCGCAUGUCCAAGAGGUCGAUUGAACCCAUUGAAGAAGAGGCUCAAAGCGAUGAAGAUGAAGACAAUUUCACUGCAUCCAAGCCAAGAACUUUUGCAGAAUGCAAAUCGUGGGAUUAGGUGGCUGUAAUUAUUUAAUUUAGUGUAAUUUGGGUUCCUUAUAUUUUUGUUAAAACAUUACACUUAAACUUUUGUAAAUAAACUGUUUUUAUUAGAUGUACCCGCCAACCACCAAAAAAUAUGACUGAUUGAUUUUAUGAAAAUGAAUUAUUAUAUAUGAAUAUAUGAGUUGAUAUGAACAACCCAAGAAAUAACACGUGAAUAUAAUAGAGCAAUUGAAAUAUAAA